UGCAUUAAGCCAGAUAUAUCUGAGCAGAUGUCUGUUCUUGUGGUGUGAAUCUGAAUGUGAAUUCAGCCACUGCUGUGACGCAUGUACUUGUUCAUAGACUCCUCUAAAGCAAAGCUGUGUUGACGUACCUUGGGGGCCAAAUCAUUAAUCAGUUUCAUGGUUGUAGUGAGAAGAACAAAUACAGUAAUGUGAUCUGGCAGCACCAGGUAGCCGUACUCUCUGUUUUUUCCGUUGUGUUUAGUACCAGUCCCUCCACUGUCACUGUCACCUUAUCUCACAGGCCUCAUAAAUCAUUCAAAAUGCUAUCGAAAGUUAUGCAGACUAACUAGCCCAAUACUUACCUCCAUCUACCAACAGACAGACAAGGUCCUGCUUGCAGAACUGCAGCAGACAGGAGAGGUUUAUCAAGGGAGUGAGUUAGCUACAACAUCUUCAUAACAAUUUUCUUGGCUAUGGCCAAAACAAGACAGGCAACCAAGAGAUUAUUUACAGAUCCAGGAUGAAGAAUUAAAAGCUUCUCACUGAGGAGUUCAUCAGUCCUUUUCCUUAAAAGGUGGUCAUAUUAACAAUGCUAAGGACAAGGAGAUGGAAGAAUUCCAGGUGUCUGUGGUGGCUGUUUGCUUGUGUGCUUCCCAUUCUGGUUCAUGGAAAAAACUUCAGCCAACAUGUCCUGGAGAGGUCACCAUGCCAGCCAGGCUUCUACUGCCCACUGGGGAGCUUUUCUCUAAUCCCCUGUCCGAAGGGAAGCUAUGGGCCAGUUGCUGGUGGUGAGUCCAUGGACAGCUGUCUAAAGUGCCCUCCUCACCACUACUGUCCUAGUCCAGGCAUGUCAGCUCCUAUACCAUGUGGCCCUGUUGCUCAGCAGCCACUGUCUGGCCAGGACACCUGCAUCUGCUCAGGAGUGGGACAGACUUUUCAAGCCAGUGAUGGGUGGUGCCCCUGUACCCUUGGCUACCAACAUACCAACAAUGAAGAUGCUUGUGUACACAAACUGUACGAUGUCUGCAGAAAUGGAUUUACACGUACACAGUAUGGUGACUGUCUGGACAGACAUCAGUGGUCACUUCAUUGUAGGCAGCAGGUGUGCCAAUCUGCAGAAGACUUUCAGGGUUAUGAUGGCGAGCUGGGUCUGUGUGUAUGCAGAGAGCCUCCUGGAAGAGCUGCAUGUGGAGGUCUGUGCAGGACCAGGCCUGCCACUGAACUGAAGCUCCAGUGUGGAUCCAGUGGAGAGAUGCAACUGGUAUGGAGCUAUGACAGUCAGGUGUCGGGCGUCUCCAGCAGCAUGCUAGAGACAAUUUUUAAACAGUGGGGCUCCCAAGGGACUCUUCUGUGCAAUAGCCAUCUGAACUCCACACGUCCUGUCUACAUUGUUCAGACAACAGAGGCAGGCUUCCGUGGCCUCCUCAGCGGCAUCCCAAAGGAACUUCAGCAACUGUUUUCUGUCACCAAACAGCAGGACACUCAGAGCUCAGCUGGUUUGUUGCAACAAAACAAUAACUUAACAGUAACUUAA